AUGACAACACUGGAGCUUUCAUCCAAGAGAAUAGCAAGAAAGACAAUGAAAGAACCGAUUGCAAUUGUGGGUAGUUCCUGCCGGUUCCCAGGCGGUGUGACCUCUGCGGCCGAACUCUGGGAGCUUCUCUUCAAUCCACGCGAUGUCUUGACCGACUUCCCUUCCCAUAAACUCAACCUCUCCGGUAUCUAUCAUCCUAACCCUGAUCACCUUGGCUGCACAAACGUCCCAAACAGAGCCUACCUCCUGCACACCGAUCAUCGGCACUUCGAUGCUGCCUUCUUCGGAAUCUCUCCUGCCGAAGCUGAAUGCAUCGAUCCCCAGCAACGGGUGUUGUUGGAAACCACAUACGAAGCCCUGGAGGCUGCAGGAUAUACCCUUCAGCAAAUGCAAGGAUCCUCGACUGCGGUGUUUGUCGGCGUCAUGACUUCAGACUAUCAUGACAUCCAAAUGCGUGAUCUAGAUUCUGCUGGGAGGUGGGAUGCGACCGGAACAGCCCCUAGUCUGUUGUCGAAUCGAUUAUCGUAUUUCUUUGACCUGAAAGGCCCAUCCAUCACGGUCAACACCGCGUGCUCGAGCUCUUUGGUCGCGUUGCACUAUGCUGUCCAGAGUUUAAGGAACCAGGAAGCGGAGCUAGCCAUUGUUGCAGGAGUGAAUCUGAUUUUGGACGCGGGAACAUACGUUAGCGAAUCGAAACUACAUAUGUUGUCACCUACAUCCAGGUGUCGAAUGUGGGAUGAAGCGGCCGAUGGCUACGUCCGGGGUGAGGGAUGUGCAUCUGUCAUUUUGAAACCAUUAAAUCACGCGAUAGCCGACGGCGAUAAUAUAGAAGGCAUCGUCAGAGAGACAUUGAUUAACUCAGACGGCCGCUCGCCCGGCAUUACGAUGCCGAGUGUUGAGGCUCAGGCAAGCCUGAUUCGACAAACAUACCUGAACACUGGUCUUAAUCCCGUCAUAGAUCGGUGUCAGCUUUUCGAAUGCCAUGGAACGGGCACGCCCGCAGGAGAUCCCGUUGAAGCCCAAGCAAUCCAAACAGUUUUCUUCCCCAAGCACUCCACGUUCAACGCAGCCGACAAGCUUCAUGUAGGGUCCAUUAAAACACUCGUGGGACAUUUGGAAGGUUGUGCUGGCCUGGCAGGACUGCUAAAAGCAGUUGAAUGUGUCAAAAACCGUAUGAUUACUGCGAAUUUGCUUUUCGAUAAACUCAAUCCACGGAUCGAACCAUUCUACGACCAUUUAGAAGUUCCAACUCAAAACCUCAGAUGGCCUUCUCUAAUCCCAAACAACCCACUGCGUGCCAGUGUGAAUUCAUUUGGAUUCGGUGGAACCAAUGCGCACGCCAUCAUUGAGAGUUAUACACCCCUUACAGGAUUGUGUCCACAGAGAGACGAUGAGCCUGAAAGAGCCAAUCGAGACCUACUCGUAGGUCCGUUUGUGUUCUCUGCCAAUAGCCGGUUCUCAUUAAUGCAAAACCUUCAGCUCAUGGCAAAUUAUGUCAGAAGCCACCCCUCGACAAGUUUGAACGACUUAGCAUGGAUGCUAAGUUGCAAAAGAACAUUUCUUCCCUUGAGAACAUCGUUCUCUGCGAAUAGCCGCGAUGAGCUACUGGGUAUGAUUGAGAGAACCGUCAAAAUGGAAGAAUCGGACCUCGAAGCCGAUCUCAAUCGCUCGGCACGAAAGAGCCCGAAGGGAAAGAGUGUUAUUCUUGGUAUUUUUACUGGUCAAGGUGCACAAUGGGCAGCCAUGGGCCGUGAUCUGAUCCAGUCAUGCCCCAUAUUCCGAGACUCAAUUGAAAAAUGUCAGCGAGCACUAGAAGGUCUGCCGGAUGGACCUUCAUGGUCGCUGCAGAAUGAACUUACUACAGACGAACCAUUUUCACAAGUCGCUGAGGCGGAAUUAAGCCAGCCACUGACAACAGCCAUUGAGAUUGCGAUCUGCGACCUUCUCAGUGCUGCUGGUAUACAGCUUGAUGUUGUUGUGGGCCACUCCUCGGGAGAGAUUGCCGCUACCUAUGCCGCUGGGAUCUUAUCGGCAGAAGACGCCAUCAAGAUCGCCUACUAUCGUGGAUUCCACGCUAGGCAGGCGAGCACUAGAUGCUCAUCACGGGCCGGUGCAAUGAUGGCCGUCAGCCUGUCUUAUACUGAGGCGACACAUUUUUGCACCCAGCCACUGUUUCGGGGAAGAAUCGUUGUCGCAGCCAGUAAUUCACCCACGAGUGUGACCCUCUCAGGUGAUCGCGAUGCCAUUUUCGAAGCCAAAGUGCAAUUUGACAACAGCAAUACAUUCUCCAGGAUUCUGAGAGUCAAUGUAGCAUAUCAUUCUCAUCACAUGCGAGCUUGUGCCGAUGCAUACUUGACAUCUCUGAAGGCGUGUAAGAUCCAAGGGCGAUCACCACGGGAAGGAUGCGAUUGGACCUCGAGCCUCAGCGCGGACGACACCUCUUUAGCUACUGACAUGUCUGCUCUAUCUGGUCAGUAUUGGGUUGACAACAUGGUGCAGCCCGUGCUCUUCUCUCAGGCGUUGGAACUUUCGUUUCAGAGAAAUGGCCUGCCUGACUUAUGCAUUGAGGUUGGACCUCAUCCAGCACUUAAAGCCCCUGCUUUGGAGACCAUCAAGCAGGUUACCAGCAAGGAGACACCGUACGUAUCAAUCUUGAAACGUGCAGUACCUGACGUGAAAGCUGCAUCGUUGGCUGUGGGCUUGGUCUGGGAACUUCUGGGACCUCACCGUGUCGACCUUGCCGGAUACCGCUGUUCAUUUAAACUACCGAAACCUAAACUACUUAGAGGCCUACCGAACUACUGCUGGGACCACCGAAGAAAGCACUGGAGAGAAUCUCGCAUGUCGCGCAACUACCGGCUUCAGGGGUCGGACUCACAGCAGUCGCUGGGUCGACGGACUUAUGAUUGCCCGUCUCGUGAAAUUCAAUGGAGGAAAAUUUUGCAUUUGAAGGAGAUGCAGUGGCUGCAGGGCUACAGAUACCACGGGGAGCCACUGCUCUCCGCUGGAUUCCUUAUAGCUCGUGCUCUGGAGGCAGCAAAAGCUUUCAUCAACCAUAGUCUUCUUUCGCUUGUCGAGAUACGCGAUCUGGAGCUCUCCAUACCCUUAAAGCUGGAAAGGCAUGACUCGGAGAUAGAAUGCAUAAGCAGAAUACGAGCCUCCAGUGAAGUGUCCAAGACCUAUUCGGACUCUGUUAUUAACCUUGAUUUUGCUUGCGAUGCCUCCACUGACUGUAAUGCAAACCUCCAAAGGCUUUGCAUAACCCGCGUGAUUCCCCAUUUAGGUAAGCCUCACACUGACGAGUUGCCCCCAAGGUCCCUGGGGCAACCUUAUAUGACAGAAGUGGACCUAGAUGACCUGUACAAGCUUUUGGAGGAGCGUGGCCUUGUCUGUGGGGGUUCAUUUCGUGCGAUCAAGACGUUGCGUCGGACGCUCAACCAUGCUAGCGUAUGCGCUUCUUGGUCCAAAGAUACAGCCUCACCAUCAGCACUGCUCAUCGCUUCCUUUGAAACUGCAUUUAUAUCCCUAAUGAUAGCAUCUAAUUCGCCCUUGGUACGAACAAGCUGUUUAUUCUAUUUUCCUUUCAGAAUCAACCGUGUCGCCAUAAAUCAGGAUCUAGCCCAGCGAGUCUUAUGCGAUGAUGUUGAUCUGAACAUUGAUGCAUUUAUCAUAUCGUCUGACUCUUGUCAGAUUGAGGGUGACUUUUCAAUCUUCGACUGCCACGGGAACUCAAUCGCUCAGGCAGAUGGCGUGCUCUUGAGGUAUGCGGAUGAGCAUAGACCUUUAUGUAACGAAAGUCUUUUCUCUCGGAUUAUUUGGGAACGGGAUCCAUUUACAUGCUCUGGACUGAUUGAUGAGCACAAGCGCAAGGAUGAAGAAGAGAUUAUAGCCAUCGCUACAGAAAGAAUUGCUCUGUUCUACGCACAAAGGUCAUUGUCUGAGAUUGACCCACGUGAAGUUACGACAUUCAAGGCCCACCAUCGUCUUCUGUACAAUGAACUUCACCAAGCAGUUCAAGCAAUCAAAAAAGAUCCUCAAAGCACUUCGCUGAAGGUUGAAUGGCUUGGAGAUUCUGACACUACCGUCAAGAGCCUCACAGAGGAGUUCUCGGGGAGGGCGGAGGUUAAUAUGCUACAAUCUGUCGGCUCACGAUUAACGUCGUUUCUGCGAGGGCACAAUACUCCGAGCCUGGACCAGCACUGCCUCAACCGGGUUUUUCUGGAAAGUCCCGCUUUUAGCUCAGCGCACGGACAGCUUUGUGAUAUCGUCAAGCGUAUUGUGCACAAGCAUCCUCACAUGCAUAUACUUGAGCUUGGCGUAGAGAGUCGCCCGAUGAGUAUGGCCUCGAAGGCUCUGGGUGAUGCAUUUGCUUCCUAUUGCUAUACGUGCAGCUCUCAAGAGCUCGUUGAUGCAGCAAAAAUUGCCUGCAGUGAUUGCACGGACAAAAUCUCAUUCAAGAUUGCAGACCUCAAAGCGGACCUAAUACAUAAAGGCUUCGGUAAUGCUAGCUAUGACCUGGUGAUCACGACUCUUUUGCAUCUUGAAAAUCCGGACACGAAACCAUCUUUGCAAGAAAUUAGGCGCCUCCUGAAGCCCGGAGGCUACCUUGUUCUCAUGGAGAUAACAGGUCAGAUGGUGAUGUCCCUGCUCAUUUGUAUGGGCAUUUUCCCUGAGUGGUGGCAUGGCAAUGGGUCGAGGCAGCGAAGCUGGAAAGGCGUUUCGCCAAUAAAGAUCGAUAGCCAGCUGCGCUCUGCAGGAUUCUCGGGCAUCAAUACUGUGACCCACGGUGUGCCAGACAGUAAAGCAAGCUAUCUUUCCGUCGUGGUCUCCCAAGCUGUGAACACUACUAUGGACAUGCUUCGUGAACCAAUCAGGUUCAUAGAUCGGUUGCCUCUGCCGGAGAAAGUGAUGCUCGUAGGAGGUAAGACUUGGGUAGGAUCACGCUUGAUUCAGGGUUUGACGCGAGAGUUCGCACAGUCCGGUGUGGCUGUUGGUCUUAUGGAAGACAUCCAUGAUUUUGAUCCAGUCACUAUGGAAGAUGGCCUACCGGUCAUUUCUAUAACUGAGGUCGAGAAGACGCUAUCUCUCAGUCAGGUAACGCAUCGAAAAUUGAUGUCAGUGCACCGAAUGUUCGAGCGCUCGAGAUCCGUACUUUGGUUGUCAUCCGCGAUUCACAGUAGUUCCUCUUUUCACAAUACCACUCUCGGUUUAGGUAGAGUGGUAAUGGCUCAAUAUCCAGAUGCUCGACUGCAGUUCUUGGCAGUCACCGAGCCAGGUGCACUCAGCCUGAAUGUGGUUCUCGAGUCCUUCCUGCGCCUCUUGUGGUCUCGCCUUCCACAGUUUGCUGGAAAGAAGAUGCUAUGGACACACGAGCCAGAGGUUCGCUUCGACGGUUGCAGUUAUUUGAUUCCACGUUUGGUCCAGGACGGGGAAAGAGACCAAAGACACAGAAACAAGCUAUUGAAUCUCACUGAGGAUGUUUAUACUGAUCAAGUUCCCAUCGAGUUGCGUCUCACUGCUGCCAAAGAAACGGAAUCAGUGCGCAUACAGCGGUUCCUCAAACUCUCCUCUCGAGGCGCCGACACGAUUACUAUCAAGAUGCAAUAUUCAAUUCCACUUUCGUCACAGGGCUGCAAAAGACUGUUCAUGUGGCUGGGAGCCACUCAGGACAAAAAUACAACAUGUAUGGGCAUCGGAGAGCACAACUCGUCAGUCCUUCGGGUCAGGCCAGACGAGGUUUACGUUGUGAAUAAGAGAGAUGAAAUUACACCCGCGGCUCUACAGGCUAUAUCCAGCUUCCUCAUUGCUGAUCUCAUUGCAUCGGCCCUUCAACAUCCAGGCUCCAUUUUGAUCUACGAGCCCAACGAAAUCUUGGCCGCCGCGCUUCACACAUGUACGCGCUGGUGUAGACGGGAGGUCUACUUUGUGACAUCCACCAAACAAGAUAAGGUGCGGAGCAGAUGGAUCGGGUUGCAUCCUCAAGCGACCCGCCGGAUGAUUCAGCAAGCCCUGCCGACAGGUGUCUCAUACCUCGUUGAUUUGGCCUCAGGCUGGAGUGGCACCCUUAGGUCAAACAUUCAUAGCCUUUACAGCAACAUCUUGCUAGGUUCGAUGUGUAUCGUGGGCGUGAAGUCUGCUGAGUCCAGGGAGCUCAUCACUCGAGCUUACGCGGAAGCGAAAGCACAUCCCUUGAACCUGUCUUCUUUUGCUCAGCGCACGUACGCGUUGAAUGAGGUUGUCAACAUGCCGGAGUCUGCCUAUAGCCACCCAAUUAUCAUCGACUGGACUGAACCGACCAAGGUUUCAAUUCCGGCUGAGGGUCCCUGUUUUCCAGACCUUUUCUCUCCGGAGAAAAGUUACCUCAUGGUUGAAAUGACAGCCCCACUUGGGCUGUCUUUGAUCUCCUGGAUGGCGCGACACGGAGCCAGAAACUUUGUCCUCACAAGCAGGAACGGCCAAGUAGACCAGCAAUGGGUCGAAAGCAUCUCCAAAUUUGGGAUUUGCGUCAAAUCGAUGGCGAUGAAUGUUUCUCGGAGCGAGUCUGUGUCAUUGGCCUACAACAAAAUUUGCGCCACCAUGCCCCAAAUUGGUGGAGUUGCUUACGGGGCAAUGAGUAUCUCUGCUCAGGUAUUCGAGGAUGAGGCCGUUGACGACCUCGACAUUGCUUUUGAUAUGAAGAUCAAAGGAUCAAGCUGUCUCGAUCAGCUCUUCUCUAAGCCCACCCUGGAAUUCUUCGUUCUGUUUUCAUCGUUAGGGGGCGUAAAGGGCAUCCCUGAGCAACCUUACCAAAAUGCGGCCACACGCUUCAUGUGUGAUCUAGUGCAGAACCGUCGGGCUAAGGGCUUAGCAGCAUCAAUCAUCCAGAUGGGCAUGGUUGUUGAUGUGGGAGUCUGUGCUGGUCAAACUAGACGCAAGCUCGAGCACCUGAUCAACCAGGGUUAUUCAGCCUUGUCGGAGAGAGAUAUUCACCAUGCCUUUGCGGAGGCCGUGACGGCUUCGGACGCGAAGUCGAAAGAUGGCGCAGAGAUUAUUAUCGGUUUCUCAUCAUUCAUGCGACAAUGCGACGAUCAGGAUGUUCCGCCAUGGUGUUCGAAUCCAGUUCUCUCCCAUUUUACCUCCGGGGAGAUGAUCCAGGAGAAGCAGAAAGAGCCAGUUGCCGCAAAUGUCACCAUCAAAGAAAGACUCAUAGAGUCCAAAUGCGAUGAAGAAGCUCGUGAUUUGCUCUUGAGUUACUUAUCCGGGCGAUUACAGUCCGUGCUCCAGCUCGACGCGGAAAGCAUGCGUACGGAUGUUCCACUCCUCGAUCUUGGGUGCGACUCGUUGGUAGCCGUUGAGACUGGUAGCUGGCUUGAGAAAGAAGUCGGAGUCGAGAUACCAGCCGUUGAUGUGUUGUACAAUACCGCGGUUGCAGUCUGUACAAAUGUUGUUGCACUACUCCUAGGGCAGAAGUUGCGAGACCAUCAGAAUCAUCAGUCUAAACAGACUGCGGCAAGUACCAUGACGGCCUCCGACCGAUGCCUUAGCAGCCGAGACCGCGUCAGCUCGGCGACUUCAGAAAGCUCAACCGCCGCAUGUUCUACAUCAAAAGCAGAGUCUAACCUUGUUCUUACUCGAGGCUUUACACGCGUGGAGCUCAUGUCUCCAUAUCAGUCUCUGAUCUGGUUUGCAGGACAUUAUAUGAAAGACCCGACGCAAUAUAAUGUCGUGAUAUCCUACAAUGUUGAGGGCUCCUUUCAGUUUGGAAGAUUUCAACGAGCGCUAGAGCAGACUGUUGCAAGGCACGAAUCCCUACGCACGGCAUUCUUUAUGGACCAUGUUAGCGGCGAGCUCGUGCAAGGGGCUCUAGAAAGAGCGAGGCCCUUCUUUUAUCAUGUAAAGACAUCGGAUCCGGAAACCGUCUCCGAAGAAUUUAAAAAGGCGGCGCUUUAUAACUGGUCGUUGGAGGAAGGAGAGACCUUCCGAGUCACCGUGGUGUCAGUGGAACCUGGACGCCACACUGUGAUAUUCAGCUACCAUCAUAUUAUCAUGGAUGGGGUCAGCUGGUCCACCUUCCUCAGAGAAGUCAAAGGUUUUUACGAGAUGAGACCCCCUACUUUCAAUGCCACACAGUACAUGGACUACUCCGUAAUGCAGAAUCAGGCUAUUCAGAGUGGUGCAUUCACUAAGGACAUGGAGUACUGGAAGCGGAGACUCUCACCUUUGCCGGAUGUGAUGCCUCUACUUGGGCUUGCCAAGGUGAAAUACCGAACCGCCACGGACAACUACAAAGCUCACACGACUACGCGUACGAUCGGCCGAGAGCUUGCCGAAAGAGUUCGCAACUCGAGUCAAAGACUUCGGGGCACGGCAUUCCAUUUCUACUUGGCAACGCUCCAAAUUCUCUUUGCGAAGCUAUUGAGUAUAGAGAAUUUGUGCAUCGGCAUGAGCGAUGCGAAUCGAAAACAUGAGCAGUACCUUAACACGGUUGGCUACUUUGUCAAUCUGUUACCUCUACAGUUCCGCAUUGCGCAGGGCGAUAGCUUUGCUAGUGUGUUCAAGCGAACAUCAGGCAAUGUUCUCUCGGCGUUGUCGCACUCGUCGAUGCCCUCGAAUCUCGUCGUUGACCACUUAGACAUCCCACGAACCUCGACGCACACGCCACUUUUCCAGAUCGCCAUAAACUACAGAGUAGGGGAGAUCACGGAGAUGUCUGUGGAGGAUUUCAAAUUGAUCUACCAGCGCAGCGUCAUGGGGAACGCACCGUACGACAUGUCCUUUCACAUCACCCCUACCGCGCUCGGCACCUGCAUCUUAGAUGUCACCUGUCGAGAUUACCUCUACAGUCCCGAGGCUGCAGGGCAGGUCCUGGACAUGUACACCAACCUGCUCGGUGGGUUUGCGUCAAACUCUUCCCUCUCAGUACAGCAGUGCGCCCUGUUUUCGAGCGAUAGCGAUGAAACGCAUUUGUCCGUACGCCGGGGCACGCGGAUCCGUCAUCGAUGGCCGGAGACGUUGUCGGCACGGUUCCGCACAAUCUUAGACAGCUGUACCGACAGAACCGCAGUCAUUGAGGAAAAUGGAAGAUACACCUACUCUUUCUUGGGCGCGCGCAUGGGCUCCAUAGCGAACGCUCUCAUUGAGAGGAAGAUCACUCCCGGGAUGAAGGUCGCGGUUCUCUGUCAGCCAUCCCUGGAUUCGGUGGCGAGCCUGCUAGCGAUUCUCCUCAUCGACGCUGUCUAUGUGCCUCUCGAUCUUAGUAGCCCAAUCUCGAGACAUAGCGCCAUUAUAGAAGCCUCGGCGGCAAAAGUGAUACUCUGCUCGACCACGACGCUCGAGUCCGCCUCCGCCCUUGGGGUGGCGACUAUCAUCAAUGCGUCCGCGGCACCGGAGCACUCGGGCCCGACGGCAGAUAUCAGCCGUGAUGCGGCUCCACAGGGAAGCUCGUUGUCGUCCCACAGGCGGCGCGAGGAGACCCUAUCGAAAUUGCCAAGUUUGAUCCGGCGGGAGAAGGUGACAUUCACCCUUGCCACGCCGUCCGAGUACAUGGUUAUUCUCCAGCACGGACGUAAGUAUCUCGAGGACUACACACUGUGGCGCCACGCCUGCCUCGGCGGCGAACCAUUUACGGACCAAUUGAAGCGAGAGUUGGUGCAACUGGGCCACCGGUGCCCCAUUGUUCAGGAUUCUUACGGUGUAACGGAAAUCUCUGCUUGCACGACUUUCGAGACCAUGAACGUGUCUCAGCUCGAGGAAGCACGCAGCGUUGGGAAGCCCAUCCCCAACACUUCCGUAUAUAUCCUAGAUGAUAACGGCAACCUAGUGGGAAUCGGUGUGCCUGGCGAGAUAUGCAUAGGGGGCGCUGGAAUAGCCCUCGGGUACUUGGACGAGGAGCAGACGCGGCUGAAGUUCGUCGAGGAUCGGCUUGCGACCGCAGAAGAUGUUGCUCGACGGUGGACUCGCAUGUACCGUACUGGCGACAAAGGACGCAUGCUUCAAGAUGGCUCGCUUAUCCUUCUGGGUCGGAUGGACGGAAAUACGGAGAUCAAACUCCGUGGUCUUCGAAUUGACCUGGACGACGUGGGAGCUACAUUGGUGAACUACUCUUCGGGCUUGAUCUCGGCUGCUGUUGUUUGCGUCAAGGGCGAUGGCGAUUCCAAAUACCUCGUGGCUUAUGUUGCGAUUGCCCCCGGCCGCACUAGUACCGACUCCGAGCUCCAACGUCUUGCGACUAGUCUUCCCCUGCCAAAAUACAUGUGCCCUGCUUUGGUCGUGCGCCUAGACAACUUACCACGGAAUGCGAAUGGUAAGGUCGAUCGAAAAGCAAUCGAGGCUUUGCCGGCUUUGAGUGCAAAUGUACCAUCGCAAGAGAACCGGCGUCUGACCUUGGGAGAGGGCGAGCUCAAGCUCCUUUGGCGGAGGAUCCUGCCCAACAAACCUCCGAUUCAGCCCGAGUCGGACUUUUUCAUGCUCGGAGGGAAUUCUCUGCUCCUGAUCAAGCUUCAAGGUGCAAUUCGCACUUCCAUCGGGAUUCAUAUCACUCUUCGCGAGCUGUAUGCUGCAAGUACUCUAUCCAGCAUGGCGCUUAAGGUUGCCUCACGUAAGGCCGAGACCCCAACGGCAACGAUCAACUGGUACGAGGAGACGGCUGUCCCGGAAGGAAUACUCCAAGAGGCAAACUCGCCCCCGGAGCCGCGCCGCUCCAGAGACUCAGCAGGCAUUGAGAUCAUUCUGACAGGGGCAACUGGGUUUCUUGGAAGGGCAAUCCUACGCGCCCUGCUUCAGAAGUCCGAAGUCAACAAAAUCCACUGCCUUUCUGUGGAGAAGGGACAGGAUGAUGUGCUUCCGUCUAGUAGUAGUGUUGGGGUCUACUAUGGCAGCCUCCUCGAUCCCACUCUGGGACUAUCCACCGCCGAGUCGGACACACUGCAAUCGUGUGUUGAUGUGAUCAUCCACGCGGGGGCGCAUGGACACUGUCUUAACACUUACAACUCCCUCCGAACGCCUAACCUGAGGUCCACGCACAUCCUUGCGGGAUUUGCGUGUCGAGCCCAAAUCCCCUUGCACUACAUCUCCUCCCCGCGUGUGAUCCUUCAAUCAGGCCAGACAUCUCUGGGCCCUGUCUCCGUCGCGUCCCACCCGCCGCUCUCCAGCAGUUCCGAGGGAUUUACAGCCACGAAAUGGGCGAGCGAGGCGUUCCUGGAGCACCUCGCCGACCGAGCCGAAUUGUCCGUCUACAUCCACCGGCCAUGCACUCCGAUCGGUGACAAUGCACCAGAUCAGGACGCACUCAAUUCCUUGCUUCAUUUUUCGGACCGUCUCAGCGCCACUCCCCGACUAACCAACAUGGGCGGGUUCCUCGAUUUCCAGCAAGUUGAGGUCAUUGCCGAGAGAAUUGCCUCGGAGGUGACGUCAUCGGUGUCGGACAGCACAUCGCCUUCUUCAUCCUCCUCGUUGUCGUCCGUCGUCCAGUUCCGCCAUUAUUCCGGGGGUGUCAGAGUUCAAGUCAAGAGCUUCAAGGAGUACAUGGAGAAAGUCCACGGUCGCCCGUUCGCGGAGCUAAGGCUGCCAGAAUGGUCGGCCAAGGCGAUGGAGUUGGGGAUGGAGCCGUUGAUUCCGGCCUUCUUGGAGGCGGUGGCUGAGAGCUCGGAGACGAUGUAUUUCCCUUUCCUUGGCGAGGAUUGUGAGGAGUAGCUGUCAAGGAAAAACGAUUGCUUCUUUGCUGAAUGUUAACAUGAGGGGGAUUGGAAGCCGCGGGAGACUGUACUGUACUUGGUUGAUGGUGGUGGUAUGGAUUGUGAUUGUCAGGUGAUGGGAGGAACUCUGUGAUUUUGCAAUGGAAGCACCUGCUAAAAGUAUAAGCUAUGUAUGUGCUAGGAAUUACUAUGCGGAGUACACCGGGGGAGUGCGAGUGAGAAGAAGUCUGUACGUGGCCUACAGUACGAAAACAUUGGGGUUGUGCUUAAUUGCUGAGUACUUGGUGACAUAAGCGUGAACAUUCACGUUAACUAACCUAUGCUAAAGGCAUAAACUAGGUAAGCGCAAGCCGUCCCUGUGAUUUACUAUCCAUAUAUGCAACCAUAUAUUGUUUGAUCUCCUUGCUCA